AGUCCCGGUAGGAACUGGUUACAGUGAAAGGUCUGACUCCACUACAGUGCAGCGUAGGUGGAACAUCCUGCAUUGCAAACAAGCUCCUGCAGGACCCAAACAGCUCCUGUGAAUAGCAAGGUCUUAGCGCACAGGUGUCAACAUUGGGCCUGGGGGGCUUUAAAAAUGCUGAAAUCAGAGUAGGCCUCACAACAGCUGAUUCAGUCACCUGGGGCGUGGCCUGGGCUGAGGAGGUUUUGAAAGCUCUCCUAAGCGAUAGUGUUGGAAGGGGCGGAAAGGUGCCUUCGAGCCUCAGCCUGGCGAGCAGCACCUGCCAGCCAGACCUUGAGGAAAGGGGAGCGGCUCUGUCACACGGAUUCAGAUGUCACUGGAAAGGCAGAACAAGGAGGCACCUGGUCUGUAGGUUCAGGCCAGCCUUGGAGCCGCCCUCCACCCAUCCCUGCCUAAUGCAGCCAGAACCUCGUCUGCGGCUGCUUUUCUGAACUCUUGGGGUCCUGUUUCUCCUCCUGCACCCCAAAAUUAACGCAGUCCUGCCCGUGGCUGGCAUUGUCACCAGGCCUUGCAAACACCUUCGUCGAACUUAGCCCAACCUCCCUGGAAACACACCAGGGGUUCUGGAAGGACUGCAGUGGUAAAGAUUUUCCGGCGUGCGGACAAAAAUGAUGAUGGGAAGCUGUCCUUGGAGGAAUUCCAGCUCUUCUUUGCAGAUGGCGUCCUCAAUGAAAAAGAACUUGAGGAUCUCUUUCACACGAUUGAUUCUGACAACACCAACCAUGUGGACACCAAGGAGCUGUGUGAUUACUUUGUGGACCACAUGGGUGACUAUGAGGACGUCCUGGCCUCCCUGGAGACCUUGAAUCACUCUGUCCUGAAGGCCAUGGGCUAUACCAAGAAGAUAUAUGAGGGUGGGAGCAAUGUGGACCAGUUUGUGACCCGCUUCCUCCUGAAGGAGACGGCCAAUCAGAUCCAGUCGCUGCUGAGCUCAGUGGAGAGUGCGGUGGAGGCCAUCGAGGAACAGACCAGCCAGCUCCGACAGAACCACAGCAAACCCACCCACGACGUGGCACAGACCUGGUAUGGAAGCCCCACUCCCGCCUCUGCCCCCAACCACAAGCUCAUGGCUAUGGAACAAGGCAAGAGCCUUCCAUCUGCCACUGAGGAUGCAAAGGAAGAGGGUCUGGAAGCCCAGAUCAGCCGCUUGGCAGAGCUGAUUGGGAGGCUGGAGAGCAAAGCACUAUGGUUCGACCUGCAGCAGCGCCCGUCACAUGGAGAUGGCACCAACAUGCACCUGCAGCUGGUCCGGCAGGAGAUGGCCGUGUGCCCCGAGCAACUGAGCGAGUUUCUGGACUCUCUGCGCCAGUAUCUGCGGGGGACCACUGGAGUGAGGAACUGCUUCCACAUCACUGCCCUGAGGCUCUCGGAUGGCUUCACCUUUGUCAUCUAUGAGUUCUGGGAGACAGAGGAGGCGUGGAAGAGGCACCUGCAGAGCCCCGUGUGUAAGGCGUUCCGGCACGUCAAGGUGGACACGCUGAGCCAGCCUGAGGCCCUCUCCAGGAUCUCGGUGCCAGCUGCUUGGUGCAUGGUGGGACGGGACUGACAGCCUCCCAGCGGCCCAUGGAGGAGCCCACCAGCCCCUUCUGCUUGUGAAGGAAAUCCCCUGUUUCCUAGAAACUUUGGUGCAGAAGCGUCUUUUCAAUCCAUCCUCCACAAGAAGGUGUGUCCCUGCUGUGAAGUGAAGGAGGCCUCCCCUGCCCCCACCUGACAAAGCAGAGCAGUGUCUGUGCUGCCAGGUCCUGGUGAAGCCUAAGGUUGUGGGUGAAGGGGGUGGCUUCCUGCAGCCAGCACCCCCACCUCCUGGUCCCUCUCCCCCACCCCUCACACGGCCACGCAUGACCCACACUCAUCACCCCCUGCCCUCUUCAGUGACAUUCUUCUACUUGGUAGGAGACAUGACCCUGUAGUGCCCAAACUAGCCAGGCAGCCGCCCAGGCGCCAAAUAAACCCUGGGUGGGAAG